AAAGUGGAUAUGUGGGCAUUAGGAAUGGUUCUGUUCAAUUUGGUAAAUUCAAACUUAAAAUACCUAUUCCAGUUAGAUCUUGCGAAGGAGACUCCUUACCUGUUACUAGACCAACUCAUAUUUUGCAAGAACAGAAAUAUCCAAGUCAAUCGCCAAAGUAUGCCAAACACCAAGAGACCAUUUGGGUUCCAAUUAUAGCACUCAAAAAGAAAUGCACAGUGUUCGAUCCCGCCACCCAACCAACAGCUUCAGAGAUCGCUGAUGAAUUCAAACAAUUAGUUGCCAUGAGUAGUGAAGCUACUAAUUCUAAUAUAUCUUCAACAGUGGAUCGACGGUUUAUUUUGGUUUAUAAAUGUAUAAAAAUACCGAAUACUCAUUGAUGUUAAAAUCGUCAUAUUCUAUAGAUCAUUAGCCACUGUGGUCAUAUCAUCAUCCCCAAAUUGAAAUAAAUCAUAACGUUAGUGAAAUUAUUUUCAUAAUCAUCUUGUUCACCGUUUUCAUAACAUGCCCAUUCAUUGUCAUAAUUCAUCAGCGUAUGGGUUUAUGGUGUUGUUGUGGUAUGCUGGUAGAAUAUAACCAAAAAGGUGAAACGUGUCAAGAAAUUUUACAUAAUUUUAUAUGCACGUAAUCUAGGAAUGAAUGCACAAAAGAGAUGCAAAGACCUUUACAUGUUCAGUAAUUGAUCUGACACGUCCAGAAAAAGCAGGCAGCAAAUGCAGGUACAAGAUUCUGCUUUUUUAUGUUUAACUGAUUUGGAUCUCAUUAUUGUAGGUUAUUAAGAGGCAAUUUUAUUCAAUGUCACGUAUUUGCAAUGAAAAGUGUUCAAAACCUAAAAUGUUUUUGGUGUUCCCCUCAAGAUUACUUUGUUUUAGCUUUAUUCUCUAGUUUAUACAGUUGGUAACCUUUUUAAAUGCAUCUGCCAGUUGAGAAAGAUAAAGUAAUGGUUAAAAAUUGUCAAUUAAAAUACAAUUAUCAAUGAUUAUUUAAAAUUGACGCCAUACAGGCGUCAUUUUCUCUUUGGCGUACCGUCUAAAAUCUCUUCAUUUUAGCAUUAUUUUACAGAUAAAGGACUAAACACACUUUUAAAGUUUAUUUGCUGAUUGAGAAACAUAUCAAAAAAUAGAAAUUUUGAAUUUAGUCAUAACCUCAAGUGAAAUAUUAUACGCAUUAGUUUUGAGCGUGUGUUACAUAACAUACAAAAAAUCUCCUCUUAACCAAAAUCAAUUAAAUAAUAUUUUUGCCACUGUAGAGGCAACAGAGAAAGAGAAGCUGGAGACCCAUCAUCGGUUAUGCUUACCUUGAUUUCAAGGUACAUAUAUAUGCAGCUCUGCAUUUGUAUAAUAUUAAUAUACCAAAACAAUGCAUGUUAUUAAAUUAGUUCAUGUUUCCCGAAAAACGAAUAUUCUUUUCAGAAUACCAGAGAAGAAAACACAGAAACACAAUGAAGAAGAUGCAGAACUACAAGAAGUGACAGUCUCAUGUAGAACUCACAUUUCUAGCACCAAAGACACAAAUGGUUUGCAAUCUCCUCUGGAAGCCUCAAGUUCAAGGAAAAG